GCAGUUCCGCUUGCAUUUCCAGUGCUGUGCGGUGCAGGGGCGAGCUCACAAGCACAGCAAUAUUCACAUACGAUUUAAACUUUAACAAAUAUAUUUAUAUACCUCUACUAAGGGGGAAAAGAAGGAGAACAAAUCGUCUAUUAUAAAUAGCCUCGAAACAAGACAGUACUGUUUGUUCAGUUUCCCGCGCCCCCCCCCCCCACACUGGGAGCCUGUGACGAUGUCGUAUUUAUACCUGUUUAAAUACAUUAUUAUAGGAGACACAGGUGUGGGUAAGUCUUGCCUGCUUCUACAGUUCACAGACAAGCGGUUUCAGCCAGUUCACGAUCUCACUAUAGGGGUUGAGUUUGGAGCAAGAAUGAUAGACAUCAAUGGGAAACAGAUCAAACUUCAAAUCUGGGACACAGCAGGGCAGGAGUCGUUCCGAUCCAUCACCCGCUCGUACUACAGAGGGGCCGCGGGGGCCUUGCUGGUGUAUGACAUCACCAGAAGGGAGACGUUUAACCAUUUAACCUCCUGGCUGGAAGACGCCAGGCAGCAUGCCAGCUCCAACAUGGUGAUCAUGCUGAUCGGAAACAAAAGUGACCUGGAAUUGCGGCGUGAUGUUGGGAGGGAGGAGGGGGAGGCGUUUGCCAGGGAGCAUGGUCUGAUCUUCAUGGAAACGUCGGCCAAGACUGCAGCCAAUGUGGAGGAGGCAUUUAUAGACACUGCCAAAGAGGUAUACCACAAGAUCCAGCAUGGCUUAUUUGAUGUAAACAACGAGGCAAACGGUAUUAAGAUUGGACCUCAGCACUCACCGUCUCAGAUGGAUCGAUCUGGAGCAUACCAAAAACCAUCUGAAGCAAGGGGGGACUCUGGUUGCUGCUUGCCUCGCUGA